AUGGCUUCCUCUAGUUUUAACGCACCAGCUGAAGAGCUGACAAUGCUUAUCCUCUAUGUGAAAAACCACAAGAAUGAAGGAAAAGACAUCGAUGAGCUGGAUGACGACAGGAAACGCUCUCGUGACGCAUACUUCGAGCUGUGGGUCAGCCACGCUCUUGGUAACGACCCCACGAAUGCAACCCUGUUUCGAAACGAAUACAACAACAGUGGUGACGAAGGACGUAACAACGCAGUUGGUAACAUAAGAACGUACUUCUCGCAUCAGAACGUUGUGCAAGCUGUUGCCAUGAAAAUGGGGUUGACUCUGCAAGGGAAUAGUUGGCAUGCAUUACAACACGCGCCCUGGGAAGAGCGCAUAGUAAACGGCAUUAGAACACACGAAGUCAUAGAGCAGCUAUGGAGUUACUUGGAAAUUGCACGUCUGUUCGAACGACGGAAGGAAUCUGAGGGAAAAUCUGCGGAUCGGGCUGGACAAAAGCGUAAGGCGGAGAAUCUGGACGUUGUAACAGCCAAAAAAGCCUUCACUGACGAAUUUGUGCACGUCAAUGGGGUCAUGAACGAAUUCGAACAACAUAUCAAAUACUGCUUACAUACUUGUAACAAGGAUCCGGUAUAUGCUCCCUACUUCGCUCUGAUCCAGAGUUCAGGUUACGGUAAAUCACGGUUGAUUGCCGAGUUGGCUCAAAAUACAUACGUCAUCUACAUAUGCUUACGUUCAAGCGAUGCCCAUGGAUAUCCUCUUCACACCAGUGUUGCAGACCGCCUCGUGUCAACUCUUAACGUAAUGCAAAAUGAGGAAGGCGCCCUUGCUGCUAUUCAUUGGUUUCAGAAAUUUCUGAAGGCAUCAGUUACUGUACUUAUUGAAGAACUUUCAGCUGGACGUCUUCUAGGACCAGCUCAACUGUGGGAAAUGCAAAUGAAUCCAGUUGACGAAAAGGCAUUCUGGGUUAAAGUGCUCGAGAAAGCGAAUUCUGAUUCUGAAGACAGCCACACACCCGAAGAUAUUCCUCACCAAGUCGAAUCAAUUCAUGGUCUAAACCUCUUUCUCUGUUUUGAUGAAGCACGGAAAUUACUCGAUGUGGAGCAUGGAACUGAACUAUCACCAUUCAGACUAAUUCGUCGCUCUCUUAAGGACAUUCAAUGGGCUCAGUAUGGAUUUUUAUGCGCCAUGCUCGAUACAAUGGGAAAGUUAGCUAACUUUUCCCCUCCGUAUAAACGCUCCAAUUCUGAGAGAAUUCGUGAUGAAAGAGUCAAGCUGCUUCCGCCGUAUAUUGAUGUUAUGACGCUGGAUGCUCUUAACAAUAACAAUAAGGUAGCAGAUCAUCCAAAUCGCCGCUUACUGUUUGGUAGGCCAUUGUGGGCAUCGAGUAGUUGUGCAGGGAAAACUAUUACAGAGAUAAUAGAAUUUGCCAAGUGCAAACUAUUAGGGGGACAUCAACCAAUACAACGAAUAGAAAUCCUAUUUGACAAAGAAGAGGAUAGAAUCGCCGUUUCUCUGGCCCUUGUAGGCUGUUUAGUCUCACUGGACAUUUCAGUUCAGUCACAGCUUACUCAUCUACUUGUGGGUAGCUAUAUGGCUACUUGUAUUGCUGUUUCAGAAGAUAGAGAGAAUAUCUUAGUAAUAUAUCCCUCGGAACCUAUACUUUCUGAGGCCGCUUUGAGGCUUAUUGAAGUCACGGAUAAUCGAACAUUUGUACUUGAUAGACUUGAAUUUUCAUUGAAGAAUGGACUUGUUGAAGCGGGUUUUCGUGGGGAGCUUGUUGCACGCAUUAUAUUGAUUCUUGGAUGGCAACAUAUGUUAUUAUUAUCUGGUGAUGCUCUUUAUACACAAGAGAAAUCUGUGAGAGAUUUUCUGAACACACUUUUUGGGACUUAUCAGACUCUUAAGCAACGUGACAACCGACUUAAAUCUUUAAAACUUAAAACAACUUUUCUGCAGUCCAAACUGUGCCUCACACAUUUUGUUCAGCUUAAUGACCCGCCAAGUUGCCAAGUUCUUAAACGUCUCUUUGAACGUGGUGCUGGGGCGAUUUUGGGACGUAAUGCACGUGGUGGUGAUCUUCUGUUGCCAGUCAAGAUGAACAAUACAUCAGAGGAGCAGUAUUCAUUUAUCCUGAUACAAGUAAAGAAUUAUUCAACUUCUGGGCAGGCAUAUACUGAAGCAGCCACUACAAGAUUGACACCAUUUUCAGUCUUUGGGGAAUCUGAAUUAGCUAAUCUUGAUUUGCCUUAUUUGUGCUUUUAUUGGUCAUUAGGUGCAACUGAGAGUAAUUCAAGGUUACAAUUUAAGUCUUGGGAAAACUUUGAGCAACACUGGGGAGUUUUCUCAUUAGAUCCAUUUAAAUUUCUUACUGAAGAUCUUAAAACCAAAUUAUAUGCUUUACUAUGUGCAUAUAUUAAUCCAUUUGAUAGUAUAUGGAAGCGCAGACCAACAAUUGGUAUUGAACAGCAUAGGGCAAAUGUCAAAUGCUUCUUUCCAGUUGAGAAGAUUCAAAAAUAA